CAUGCAUGCUGCUGCCAGGUCCAGAGUGUCUCAUGGGUCCCUGUACGGCCUCCCAUUGCUGCUGUCUCCAUCGCCACACUCUGCCAUGUGCCACUUUCAGGUCUCCUCACACUGCUGGUGUGUUCCAUUUUUUGUCAUAGGGUGCUGGCAGAUUACGGGCCUCCCAUUGCUGCUGCCAGGCCCCUAAUCUGCCAUGGGCCCCUGUACCGCCUCCUCAUGCUGCUGCCAGGCCCGUAAUCUGCCAUGGGCCCCCGUACCAACUCCUCAUGCUGCUGCCAGGCCGUAAUCUGUCAUGGGCCCCUGUACCGCCUCCUCAUGCUGCUGCCAGGUCCAGAGUGUGUCAUGGGUCCCUGUACCGGCCUCCCAUUGCUGCUGUCUCCAUCGCCACACUCUGCCAUGUGCCACUUUCAGGUCUCCUCACACACUGCUGGUGGGUUCCAUUUUGUCAUAGGGUGCUGUAUGGCCUCCCAUUGCUGCUGCCUCCACCGCCACACUGUGGCUCCACACUCUGGUUUUGGCCCCGUGACUGCCCAAAUGAGUGAAGUGUGCGGUGAUUCUAAGAUCGACGGCACUCAUCUGCAUGUCAUACUGACUGACAGUAUUAUUUCCCUUCCCCAGCUGACUCCAAGGGCAUUUCAAUUAAAGGUACAGUGUUCUGCACUAAUAUAA